CCUCCCCUUCUCACUUCUUCCUUCGCCUCCUCCGAUUCCUUAGUCCACGACGAAAGUUUAGGUUCAAAGUCUGGGUUCGAAAUUAUUUAAAUUUUUGUAUCUUAUAUCAUUAAUUGUUCAAAAACAUGGCGAAUUCCAAGAUUUUAGGUGCUUUGAAGCUCUUAAAGAGUAGCAAAGAUGUACAUUUCCUCACUGGUUUACACAGCAGAACUUAUGCGGCGGCUGCGGCAACCAAUGUUCACACGAAAUGCAAGAUAGUCAAUGGCGUUUACGUUGUCACCUUAGAUAGUCCUAAUACUAAGGUCAAUUCCCUAAAUACUGCAGUAAUGGAUGAAGUGAAAAAUAUUAUAAGUGAAGUUGAAUCUAAUCCUUCUAUUGAAGCAGCCGUUUUGAUAUCUGGUAAACCUGGAUGCUUCAUAGCUGGAGCAGAUAUCUCCAUGCUAGAAAGUUGUAAAACAAAGGAAGAAAUAGUUACACUAUCAAAAAAUGGACAUGAAAUAUUCAAACGAAUGGAAAACUCCCGUAAACCUUAUGUAGCAGCAAUUCAAGGUAGUUGUCUUGGUGGCGGUCUCGAGACUGCACUCGCUUGCCGCUACCGUAUAGCUGUUAAGGACACAAAGACUGGUUUUGGUUUACCUGAAGUAAUGUUGGGACUUCUACCAGGAGGAGGUGGUACACAAAGACUGCCUGCACUUACAUCAGUACCUACAACUUUGGACCUAGCCCUAACUGGCAAAACAGUGAAAGCUGACAAGGCAAAAAAAUUGGGAGUUAUCGAUCUGCUUGUUUCCCCACUUGGACCUGGAAAUGGUCUACCUGAAGAGAACACUGCCAAAUACUUAGAAAAUGUUGCGAUACAAAUAGCCAAAGAUAUAGCAUCUGGAAAAAUGAAAGUAGAUAGAUCAAAAAAAAGUUUAGUAGAAAAAGUCACAGCUGCUGUAAUGCAGUGGGAAUUUGUUAAAAAUAUCAUAUUUAAUAAGGCCAAAGAACAGGUUAUGAAGGCCUCUCGUGGACUUUAUCCUGCACCGCUCAAGAUAUUGGAAGUGGUGCGAGUUGGUGUGGACAAGGGCCCGGCCGCCGGCUACGAAGCUGAAGCCCAGGCGUUCGGCGAAUUGGCUAUGACACCACAAAGCAAAGGUCUUUUUGGACUCUUCAGAGGACAAACGGAGUGUAAGAAAAACAGAUUUGGAAAGUCUCAGGUUGAUGUAAAAACGAUUGGUGUUUUGGGUGCUGGUCUGAUGGGCGCCGGCAUCGUCCAAGUUUCUAUCGACAAAGGUUAUAAAGUAGUCAUGAAAGACGCCACAAAUCCGGGUCUGUACCGAGGGGUGGGACAAAUACAAACUGGCUUGACAAAUGCCGUCAAGAGGAAGAGGAUUUCUGCUUUACAGAAGGAUAAGUAUCUGUCAAACUUACUGCCAACUUUGGAGUACUCCAAGUUUAAGGAUGUGGAUUGCGUCAUCGAAGCAGUAUUCGAAGACAUUAACAUCAAGCACAAGGUGAUCAAGGAAUUGGAGGCAGUCGUGCCAAAACACUGUGUAAUCGCAACCAACACUAGUGCUAUCCCAAUCACUAAGAUCGCAGCUGGCAGUAGCAGACCUGACAAAGUUAUUGGUAUGCACUACUUCUCGCCCGUGGACAAGAUGCAGCUGCUGGAGAUCAUCCGACACCCCGGCACCAGCGACGACACGGCCGCCGCUGCCGUCGCCGUCGGCCUGCGACAGGGCAAGGUGGUGAUCACUGUUGGUGACGGCCCCGGGUUCUACACCACACGCAUCCUCUCUACCAUGCUCAGCGAGGCCAUCCGGUUAUUGCAAGAAGGCGUGGACCCGAAGGAGCUGGACAACAUGACGAAGCAGUUCGGGUUCCCGGUGGGCGCGGCCACGCUGGCGGACGAGGUCGGCAUCGACGUCGGCGCGCACAUCGCCGUCGAUCUCUCCAAGGCAUUUGGUGAGCGGAUCAGUGGCGGCGACUUAAACAUAAUGCAAGACAUGGUGAAAGCGGGCUUCAUGGGCCGCAAGUCGGGCAAAGGAAUUUACGUUUACGAGAAGGGCACCAAGAACAGAGAUGUGAAUCAAGAAGCCGUCCAAAUGUUGAAAGAAAAAUACUCCUUGGAGCCACGUGGCGCCAAUACAGUGGAAGAUCAACAAUUGAGAAUGGUGUCUAGGUUCGUGAAUGAAGCUGUUUUAUCUUUAGAAGAAAAGAUUCUGCACAGUCCGCUGGAAGGUGACGUCGGUGCCGUGUUCGGACUCGGAUUCCCGCCUUUCACUGGAGGCCCUUUCAGAUGGGUUGACCAGUAUGGUGCUGAUAAAUUAGUAAACAAAAUGGAAGAAUACCAAGGCCUCUACGGCGCACCAUUCAAACCUGCCCAGACACUUGUGGAUAUGGCGAAAGAUCCCAGCAAGAAGUUUUAUAAUAACUAGGGUAUAUACCCUAUUUCGCGUGCCAGCUCUUCACGAUUUUUAAUAAGUAAAUUUUUAUAAAAAAGUCACAGUGAAAAUAUAUCUACAAAAUGUAUAAUUAAAAAUAUUUUAGCAUGUAAAUAUGCGUCAUAAGUUUAAAUGUGGUAUCGACAAAUGAAAACCGUUCAUAAGUGAAGAGUUGAUCACUAUGAUUAUUUAUUUAAUUAUUGAUGGUUUCAUUUGAAAUAGAUUAUUUGAGAUUUUGUGCUGUACUGUAAGAGUUUUUGAGUAUCAUUGUAAUAUAAUAAAAGUAUUUAUUUUAUAA